AUGGGGUUUGGAGGCUCAGACUUGGAGCAGAUGCUGGAGUCGAGCGCCAUGCUGCGUGUGGCCCGGCUGCCUCUGGUCCAAUCAGCUCUGCAGUCCCUAAGCUCCGCCUACACCCAGGUAAAGGGGCGUCACCCACUCCUGCAGAUCGUAGGGGGCGUGGCCGAAGUGGGCGUGGUCAGUGUGUCACAGGUGGCACUUAAACAGGCCACGCCCCUUAUCACCAGCCUGGAACCACAACUGGAAGCAGCUAACUCUCUGGUUCUUCUUGGUCUCGAUCGUCUGGAGCAAAAUUUUCCGAUUCUUCAACAGUCGACGGACGAGGUGGCGUCGCACCUGAAGGAUGCUGUAGCUCUGACCCUGGACGACCUGCAGCUGUGGCUGGUGGGCGGAGUCGACGCGGCACUGGAGCAGGUGGAGCAUGUGACAGAAAGAGGGCGUGGCUUGUUCCUGUUGCUGCAGCGCUCCACGCUCGGACGCGCCGCUUCCUCUGGACUCGACGAUGUGUUGACGAGACUCGAGGAGCUCACGGCCUUCUACCUGCCCCUCCCCCCCACGCUACACUGUGACGGUCACAUAGACUGUGACGUCAAGACUGUGACGGUCAGACUGGUGACGGUCAGACUGUGCGGUCAGACUGUGAUCGAGACGUGUGACGGUCAGACUGUGAGUGUCAGAGACUGUACGGUCAACUGUGACGGUCAGACUGUGGACGGUCAAGACGUGACGGUCAGACUGGUGACGGUCAAAGCGGUGACGGUCAGAGAACUAACUGUGCAGUCAGACUGUGAGGUCAGAGACUGUGACGGUCAGCAGACUCGUGAGGGUCAGACUGUGACGUCAGAGACUGUGAAGGUCAGAGACUGUGACGGUCAGAACGUGACGGUCAGGAGACGUGGACGUCAGCAGACUGUGACGGUCCAGACUGUGACUGUCAACUGUGAAGAGACUGAGACGUCAGACUGGACGUCAGACUAUGACGCUCAGAGAGACUGUGAACGGACCAGACUGUUGAACGGUCCAGACUGUGACGGUCAGACUGUGGACCGGUCAGACUGUGACGGUCAGAGACACUGUACGGUCAAGAACUGUGUAACGACGGUGACGGCCAGAGACUGGGACUGUCAACUGGAUGUGGUCAGGAACUGUGACGGUCAACCCUGGAUGGUCACAGACUGUGACUGGUCAACUGUGACGGUCGAGACGGUGACGGUCCAGAGACUAUUGACGUCAGACUGUGACUUGUCUGAGACUGUGACCUGUCAGACUGUGACGGUCGGACUGUGA